AUGGUCCUGUGUAUUCCCAAGGAAAUAGAGAUCCCGUGGGAUAAGGAUCCAGAGGGGAAUUUUGGGAAUGGGCCCUGCCCUCACUCUCCUGCUUUUCCCAGUUUUUUCGAUGGAAGUGCCCUGGAUGGCAGCCCCUCCUCCCAGUUUGCAGAGCUUUGGGACCACUUGGACCACGCGAUGUUCUUCCCGGAUUUCCGGCCCUUCCUGAGCGGCUCCCUGGAUUCCGAGGGCCGGGAUCCGGAGCGGGGCCCCCCGGGGGAGCUGUGGGGGCCCGGCCGCCCCCCCCGGCUGCCCCCGAGCCGCCGCUUCCGAUCCCGAGGCAGCUCCCGCCCGGAUCGCUCGCCCGCCAUCGAGGGCCCCCUCAUUCCCACCAUUCCCUGUUUCCCUGCAGACACGGGGCUGGAGUGCCCGGUGUGCAAGGAGGACUAUUCCGUGGCGGAGCAGGUCCGGCAGCUCCCCUGCAACCACGUCUUCCACAGCAGCUGCAUCGUGCCCUGGCUGGAGCUGCACGACACGUGUCCCGUCUGCAGGAAGAGCCUCAAGGGGGAAGAUUCCACCCGGCAGACUCCGAACGCCGACGCUCCCGACAGCGCCCUGCAGGAGCGAUGGACUUUCUGACCCUCUCCCGGAACAUUCCAGAGCCUUCCAGAGCCUUCCAGAGCCUUCCAGAGCCUUCCAGAGGCCGGAGCAGCCCCCAUUCCGGGUGUACAUGGAGAAUUCCAACAACCCCCAACCCUCCAAGCAGCUGGAAUUCGGGGGCCCACCCCCACCGAGAAUUCUCCUCCCGCGGAACCGCCUCGUCCCUCCUAAAUUUUGGGAAUUCUGGGCAGGGAUUUGGAUUUGAUUUUUGGAUGGAAAGGGGUGGUGGGUUGUUGUUUUUUUUUUCCAGUGGGGGCUCCCGAGUCCCUCACGGCCUCCUCUGGAAAAGGGAUUUUGGGGGGGAUCUCCCCGCGCUCCGGGAAGCUGGAAUUGGCUGGGAUCGCCUGGAAUUGGGGGGCGGGAGGGAUUUUAUUGCCCCGGGUUGGGUGGGAUCCUCGGGGUCCAUAAAAUCAGGGAGGGGGCAGCUGGAGGCAGGAGGGGUCUGGAGCCCUUCCCGAAGGGGGGAUUGGACCCUCAGGAGUCUGGGAAUGCUCUGGGAUCAGGAAUGCUCCGAGCAGGAUUUUGGCAGCUCCAGGAUCCUGGACUUUUUCUUUUUUUGUUGUUGUUUUUUUUUGAGGGGGAGGGGGUUGUUUUGGGGUUUUUCCAACCCUUUUCCACGUGCCUGUGGCCCCAGGUGUGUCCAAACCUCACCCCCCCCCUCGCCAUUCCAGGCAGGAAUUAUGGACCACGUUGCUCAUCCCUUGGGAAUUCCCCCCCCACCUUCCCCAGUAACUUAAGGAAAAUCUUUAUUUUUUGCUGAUUCUUUGGUUGUUUUGAGGGGUUUUUUUUCCCCUCAUUUCUGUGAAGUUUCAUUCAGGUCUUAAUCCUUGGAAUUAUCCUUGGACUCCUGGGAUCCACUGACCCCUCCCCUCCUGGAGGGGGGUGGGACAUUCCCAAACCUCUUGGGGUUGGUGGCUCCGUGUCCACGUGGAUUGAAUUCCCUGUUUUCUUUGCUCUUCCGUCCAAUAAAGGCCUUUCUCAAGGAA